AUGGUGCGAAUGGUGGCGACGAUCAUGGGCGGCAGGAAGAGUACGCUGAAAAUCAUCGGCCGGGACCUACUUGAAGACCACGGUCACGUCGCAGGAAUGUGGAUCAGCCAUCAAGUCAUGAUGGCUACGACCGAAGGCAUCUACGGGCCCAAGAACCCAUUCAGAGACGACUCUGCUGUCCAGGCUUUCAGAAAAUUCGAAGCAGGCAUCCUGCCGCUCAUGACAAGCCCUAUAACAUCUAUAACGGCGAGACGGUCCAUCAGAGCUCGCGAAACCCUGCUGAAAGCUUAUGUCACUUACUACGAGAAAAAGGGUUACGAAGAUCCUCAAGCAUCUGCUUUCAUACGCGAUCGACAGCAAUACUUGUCUUCCGAAGGCCUUUCUCUUGUGGAUAUCGCGAGGAUCGAAAUGCUGAACUCGAUCGCGCUCCUCAGCAACACUAUGCCAGCGACCUUCUGGCUGGUCUACCAUAUCAUGUCUGACCCCACAGUCCUAGCAGACUGUCGGGAAGAGCUUACCAAAACAUUGAAUAUGUCCGGAGAGCGAGAUUGCAAAGACACCACAGACGCCGUGCGGAGCAUCGACAUAGAUUAUAUCAGACGCCAUUGUCCAAUCUUGCUAUCCACGUUCAAGGAGGUCUUCCGCUACCAUGGUGUCGGCAUCUCAUCUCGUGUGAUCCUGGAAGACCAUCUGCUGGACGGACGGUUCCUCCUCAAGAAGGAUAACAUUCUGCUGAUUCCCGGCGAGGUACAGCAUCAGGAUCGAACUGUUUGGGGCGAGGACGUGGACGUGUUCUCCCACAACCGAUUCGUCGGUGGGCAGGGUGGAAGCAAAGGCGGGCGCCGAUUGAACCCUGUGGCCUUUCGAGGAUUUGGCGGGGGUUCAACGUUAUGUCCGGGUCGCCACUUCGCGGCCACAGAAAUAAUGGCGUUUGCUGCGCUGUUUGUUCUCCGAUUCGAUGCCAGACCAGCGUCUGGGGUGAGGUGGUCAAUUCCGACUGUGGAGAAUACCAAUAUGGCCACUUCUAUCCACCAGCCCGACCAUGAUGUAGAAAUCGAGGUGCGACUGCUGGGUAAUGAGAGGGUCAAGUGGGAAGUGAAAUUAUCAGAGUCGAAUAAACCGAUGGAGGUCUCAGCCGAGGAUAUAGCCGCUAUCAAGACUACGGUAUAA